ACUAGUGAUAAACAGUGAACCUGAAGAGAUGUCUGCCAGGGAAGAGGGAAACCUCUCAGAAUUGACUGCGUCAGGGAAAACCACACUUGAUAUUGCCAUCACAGGGGUAUCAGGUGCUGGCAAAUCGUCCCUCAUUAACGCACUGAGGGGUCUAUCAGAUUCUGAUGAGGGUGCAGCCGAAACUGGUGUGACGCAAACCACAAUGGAGCCAAUGGGUUAUCCACACUCCAACUUUCCAGAUGUCACAAUAUGGGACCUGCCAGGAAUUGGAACACCUGAUUUUACAGCCGAGGAAUACCUAGAAAGGGUAAAUUACAGCCAAUAUGAUUUCUUCAUAAUCGUCGCUUCGAAUCGCUUCACCGUCUACGACAUCCAGCUGUCCCAGGCAAUUCAGAAAAUGAAGAAGCGGUUCUGCUACGUGUGGUCCAAAAUGGACAUCAGCAUUAAGAAUGAAAAACUGCGUCCAGGCUUCAAUGAGGAAGCAACCCUUCAGAAAGUCAGGAAAUAUUGUUUUGAUAAUUUGGUGGAGGCUGGUAUUUCUUCUCCGCAGAUUUUCCUUGUCUCCAGUUGGUAUCAGAAAAAGUACGAUUUCCCCCUCCUGCAAAGGACCUUAGAGAAUGAAAUCAAGGCUAAGGAGACAUCUUUUAAGACCAGCUGACAAAUCAACCAAACCAUCCAAAGGAAGUGGAAUCCAUUUCAUUAUCCUUCAAAAAGUCUUAAAAAUCGACCUU